AUGCCUAGCAACCAGGGAUACUCGUAUAAGAGCUCCGGCACCAACAGCCAGGGCAACCACUACUGCGCCCGCGACUACGGUAGCAGUGCCUCGAACUCGAACUCGUACCACUACUCCAACUCUGACGGAUCGUACUACUACUCCAACCCCAACGGAAGCACCUACUAUAACGACGGCCAGGGCGGCUCGACCUACACCUCGUCCAGCGGCGACAAGUCUUCUUCCGGCUACGGCGGUUCCAGCAAGAAGUGA